AACUUGCGCUGUCCUUACUCUGCGUUGUUUCUUCUAGACAAAGAAAAACAUUAUCUAAGCUAUUUAUAGCUGGUAGUCCUAUAGCUAAAGGCUGGUGCCAGGUUUGGGUUCUCCAAGACUGGGUAUGCGCGUUUUCUUUUGAAGGAUAUGGUCACAACCCCGGUCUCAAAGUGGAGCCACGCACAUCUCGGAUCGGCGCGCUCCUCCAGGGGCUAGGAUGCGCGCCCGGAACGUCAAGGUUCUUGCCCGGGUUUGGGUCUGAACAGGAAUCCACUGCCCCGGGGCGCCGAGGCAGGAGGACCCAGUCGACCCGUACCAGGAUGCCGGUGAUGCGAGGUCUGCUGGCUCCGCAGAACACCUUCCUCGACACCAUCGCCACCCGCUUCGAUGGCACCCACAGUAACUUUGUCCUGGGUAAUGCCCAGGUGCAAUCCCUCUACCCUAUUGUCUACUGUUCUGAUGGCUUCUGUGAGCUGACCGGCUACGCCCGCGCCGAGCUGAUGCAGAAGAGCUGUGCAUGUCAUUUCCUGUACGGGCCGGAGACCAGCGACCAGCUGACGGCGAAGAUCCAAGGAGUGUUGGACGACAGGGGGGAGUUUAAGACCGAGCUGGUGUUCUACAAGAAGGGAGGUACCCAGUUCUGGUGUCUGCUGGACAUCGUGCCCAUUAAGAAUGAGAAGGGAGAGGUGGUGCUGUUUCUGGUGUCCCACAAGGACAUCACUGACAACAAGAAGGACCGGGACCCAGAGCAAGGCCCCGAGACUGAUGAGGAGACGGGUCUGGAGAUGCACAAGGUCACCCGUCCCCCAGGCUUCAACACCAACCGCAGACGCAGCCGGGCGGUGCUCUACCACCUGUCUGGACACCUGCAGAAACAGGACAAGAGCAAGAUCAAACUCAACAACGUUGGCUACACGAAUUGGGAAAGCGUCUGGGCACCCCUUAUUUUGUAUCUCCCCUGGCCACUCUGGCUCCUGAUUUGCUGCACCCUGCAAUUGUUGACUCCCUGCAUGCCAACAGCAGCCAAUGGAAUGUGUCCGGGUCGGAGCUGGCGGGGCGAGACUCGUGGAACACCAGUCAGUGGAACGUCACGUGGAUGGGGGCUGGGGUGGGGGUCAGGGUGGGUCAGGGUGGAGGGAUGCUGGGUGGGGGUCCGUCAGUGAGGAGCUCCUACGUGACGUCUCUGUACUUCGCUCUGAGCAGUCUGACCAGCGUGGGCUUCGGAAACGUCUCAGCCAACACAGACUCAGAGAAGAUCUUCUCCAUCUGCACCAUGCUCAUAGGAGCCCUGAUGCAUGCGGUGGUGUUUGGUAACGUGACCGCCAUCAUUCAGAGGAUGUACUCUCGGCGCUCCCUCUACCACACCCGUACCAAGGACCUGAAGGACUUCAUCAGGGUCCACCGCCUGCCCAAAGCCCUGGAGCAACGUAUGCUGGAGUGUUUCCAGACCACCUGGUCCGUCAACAACGGCAUCGAUGUCAGUGAGUUGUUGAAGGACUUCCCAGAUGAGCUGAGGGCAGACAUCGCCAUGCACCUGAACAAAGAGCUGCUACAGCUGCCGCUGUUUGAGUCGGCCAGUAGGGGGUGUCUGCGCUCCCUGUCCCUCAUCAUCAAGACGUCGUUCUGCGCCCCGGGGGAGUAUCUCAUCCGCCAGGGAGACGCCCUGCAGGCCAUCUACUUUGUCUGCUCUGGGUCCAUGGAGGUGCUGAAGGACAACACUGUGCUGGCUAUACUGGGUAAAGGGGACCUGAUCGGCAGUGACUCCCUGACCAAGAAGCAGGUGAUUAAGACGAACGCCAACGUGAAGGCUCUGACCUACUGUGACCUGCAGUACAUCAGUCUGAAGGGACUGAGGGAGGUUCUACGGCUCUACCCAGAGUACGCCCAGAAGUUCAUCUCUGAGAUACAACAUGAUCUGACCUAUAACCUCAGAGAGGGUCACGGAGCUGACGUGGACUGGGAGAGUAAUGGAAGUUUGGUGAAGAAGCUGUCUUCCAUUAAGGAAGAUGAGGAGGGUGAUGAAGAGCAGAGUUCUGUGUCGCGUGCCCCUCGUUCCCCUCGACGUCUGACCAGGGUUCUCAACUCGCCCCUGCGUUCGCCCCUGCUGCACCCUCGACCCUUCCGCCCCCCCUCAGAACACACCCGCCCCCCCACUCUGCAGAUACCUGUGGUCAGCUUCAGCAGUGCGCCACUGGAGCUUAGUCCAAGGUUUGUGGAUGGUAUUGAGACAGAGAGCAGUGUGAACUCCUCCCAGAAGUUUGAGUUUAGCUCCAGGCUGGUACACAGUGGUCAACCAUCCCCAGGACUAGGGAUCCUGGAGCAGUCAGAUAUCAAGCAGAGUGUUUCUAAGCUGAGUGACGAGAUGAGCACUCUCUCCCAGCAAGUCUCUCAUCUCAGCCAGGAGCUAAAGGAAAUGACCCGCCUGCUCCGGCCCCUCCUCCUUGUGGCGCCUCAGCCAAUCCUGACAGCCAUAACGCCCAGCCUGACUCCACCCCCCAGCAGUGCCAACAAACCAUCCUCCAACACACCUCUGGUGGUCCCACCUCCAGCCCCGCCCUGCUCCCCGUCGCCCCACCCCCAAGGAACGCAGUCCUGCUCACUAUUGGACAUGGACAGUGCUGACACGGGGAACGUGGGCUUGCCAAGUUGCCUCCUCCCAACCCCCCCUCCACAGAGGCCUCCAGCCCAGACCCAGUCUCCAAUCUCCCCAGAGAGAAGUUCUAAGGACUUACCCCAGUCCAACCCCCCUUCCCCUGGGACAGAAGACAUGAGGGGGUCACCCCACCUCUCCAACCACACCACCUCUAGCAACAGUUUCCUUCCCUCUGCCCAGGACAGAUGUACCCUAGCCUCUGGCACCAUGUCCCCCUCGCUCUCUUUCUCCUUGUCCCUCUCCUCCUCCCCCUCCUGCUCUCCCUGCCAGGGUCCCCAUCACUCACGAUCUGGUAGCCACAGCAGGGGCCUGCUCCCCCCGCCCCCCUCCCAGGACAACACGCCCCCGCCUUCCUCCCAUUGCUCCGCUCCUCCGUCACUCAGCUCCUCACCUGGAGACCAUAAGCUGAAGUUGGUCUUCCCCUCUUCCUACUCCACUCCCCUCAUCCCUCCCCUCCCCUCUCCUUACCCCUCGACCCUCUCCCUGGGCCCGUUCUCCCUGGACUCUCUGAGGGGGGAGACGCAGAGGGGCACCAGGCUGGAGGCAGGACACCUGGCGCUGGAGAUGCAGGAGAGGGGAGGAGAGAGGGGGGAGAGACGCUCCCAGAUGAUGGAGCACAUCAGCUAUAUGGACGAGGAAGGGCCAGCUCUGUGACAGAGAGGCAGAUGACAUGCAAGAAGAAACAACAGAGACAGAAUGAAGAGAAGAGAGGAGAGUACGUAGCUCGCUCGUCCACAAUGCAACAUUGAACCUGUGAGACAGACAGGCAGACAGACAGAGAUCAAAAUGACUAUAGGUGGAAACCAAUAGCAUCACUGAAAAAUAACCCCACCAGGACAGUAGCAAGACACCAGUUCUAACAGUACUCUGAUCAGGCACUCUGGUCAUGUUAAAGCAACACAUCCUCCUCCGUCUAUGGACUUCAUGAUGUCAUAAGUGAAAUGUGCAUCCUACUCCUCUUCUUGCCAAAUGUUCCCAACCAACCACCCCUUCAUGACAUCACAGACAGUACAUAGGACUGGGAAUGUAAACCUUAGUUCAACCUCUGUUGUGUGGUUUCAAAAUUAUACUAAAAUCUGUUGCUUGAAUAUCAACCACGGCUGACUUCAAAUGAGGAGUUCAUUUAACUUCAACUUAAUGUUUCUUCAGAGUUUCUCUGCUACUUGUUAUAUGGGGGUGAUUUGUUACAUACAUCUCCACAAAGAACACACACACUUGCACUGUGGUUUCACAUUAUGUGACAUCCUAUAAGUCUCAAUCCAGCCUACACACACAAUCAGUUCUGUCCCUCCAACAAGUGGCCAUAUUCAACACAAGACAAUCAGAGAGCUUACAAAACACAUGGAACCAACCAAAACAUGAAGACAACACCGCAGUAGGUCUGCAGGUAGAAGGGAGGGAGCCGGUGUGCCACAGAGGCCAGGUUUAGGUUUAAAGAAGCCAUGCAUACGGGUGGGUGAGUGGAAUAUACAGUAGGUCUAUGAGUGACAACCAGACUGUACAGUGAAUGAGUUCCCACAUCAACUCCAGCUUUAGGCAUCCAGCCAUUCGUGCCUUCUCCUUGGAACACACACACCGCUAGUCGUAUACAUCAUAUCAUCCACACCUGGUGAUUAUGUUGUGAUUUACCGUUGACCAUUAAGCCAUUGACCAUUACGAACGCCUCACUUUUAUUUUGAAAGUCAUUUAUUUUAUGUAGAAUGUGUGUUAAAAUCUCCUGUUGGACUCGGGUGUUCUGGCCUUUUUUCGUCCAUCGCUAGUUCAACCAGAGACAUCUCAGCGUCAUAUCAAAGCCCACACACAAGCACACCAGUGGAGGCUGCUGAGGGGAGGAUGGCUAAUAAUGGCUGGAAUGGCAUAAAUGGAAACAAACACAUUUUAUACCGUUCCAUUCACUCCAUUCCAUCCAUUAAACUCAAUUCAAGCCAUUAUUAUGAGCCGUCCUCGCCUCAGCAGCCUCCACUGAAGCACGCACGCACGGACACACACACACACACACACACCUGCCAUGUCCGCAGCAUCAUCUGCAUCCCAUGUUUAAGUGUCAACCUCUGGAUGGAGCAGGUUUAUCCUACAAAGACACAAGGCUCAGACAUUGCUGAAGUGGUCAGAGUACUAAUUGUAUGAGCAUUGUCUGGUGCUCGGUGUACUAGGUGCACUAGAGUUGUUUUGGGGGGCACAGUCAGAUUGAGAUACUGGUUUCUAUUUUCUGUAACGGGAUGAGGCUGAGGAUGAGACUGAGGAUGAGGCUGGGGAUGAGCAUGCGUGAAGAUGUGUUGGAGGAGUGGCACACAAAGGGUGCAAGUCAGGGGUCAAGAUGUUAAUGCUUGUCACAGCUAACUGCAUGAGGAAUGUGCUUGUUUCAGAACGAGGGGAGAGGGGGUGGGCUUACUGUGCUGCCAGAGGUUUGGACAGGCUUAAGAUGUAUUUUAUUAACUCUUACCAACUUUCCCAGAAACACGAUACAACAAUAAACAAAGUGUUGUUUU